GUUCCGUUUUCGAUUUGAGUGUUCCUUCGUUCAAGCAUCUAAACUGUGGUGGCGGUUUUAAUAAGUUGCCAGUGGCAAGGUUUGAUCGAUUGAGUUUGUUAUUGAAAAGCCGUAUAACUUCCCCCGUCUUAAACAUUAACUUAACUCAAAGAGAGAAAAUGCCUGUUAAAGAUCUUGAGCAGUUUGAUGGAAUGUUACUGGCUAUGGCCCAGCAGCAUGAAGGUGGUGUUGCAGAGCUUCUGGAAACCAUCUUCAGUUUUCUGGCACGCAAGACAGACUUUUACACUGGAGCAGGUGAAGCUGCAGCUGAGAGUUUGGUUAUGAGCACAUUCAAGAAACAUCAAGCUAAUGCUGUUCAAGCCCAUGCUAAAAAGAAGAAAGAGAACGAGGAGGCUGACAGGAAACGUAAGGAGAAACUCGCUAAAGCUAAGGAGGAAGAACAAAAACAAACUAAAGAAAAGGAAGGAUCAAAAAUCACUGAGCUCACAGAUGAAGAGGCAGACAAAUUGCAAAAAGAAAUAGAUGCUAAGAAAACUCAAGAUCCCAAACCAGAAACCCCAGUUGCUAUGGAAGCAGAGAAAGCAUCGAAAUCAGACGAUGAAGAAGAAGAUGAGAAGGAAAAAGGGAAGCUGAAGCCAAACAGCGGAAACGGAGCAGAUCUCGAGCACUACCGUUGGACCCAAACUCUGGCUGAUAUUGAGUUGAGAGUGCCACUGCCAGUGAACUCUGCAGUCAAGUCCAGAGAUGUGUGUGUGAAGAUACAGAAACAUCACCUUACCGUCGGGCUGAAGGGGCAAACCCCCAUCAUAGACGGAGAGCUUCAACAUGAGGUGAAGCUAGAGGAGUCUACCUGGGUAUUGGAGGAUGGCAAGGCACUGCUCAUCAAUAUUGAAAAGAUCAACAAGAUGGAGUGGUGGUCCAAGCUGGUGAUGACAGACCCAGAGAUAUCAACCAAGAAGAUCAACCCAGAGCCUAGCAAGCUGUCAGACCUGGACGGAGAGACGAGAGGGAUGGUGGAGAAGAUGAUGUACGACCAGAGACAGAGAGAGCUCGGCCGACCCACCUCCGAGGAGCAGAAGAAACAGGAGAUGAUUCAGAAGUUCAUGGCUCAGCAUCCGGAAAUGGACUUUUCCAAGUGCAAGUUCAACUGAAGCUCAGGCACCCAGACUGAUGUGAUAUUUUCUUAAGUGUUAGAUGUAAAACCUUGCACAUUUAUUCCGUAUGAUUCUGUAUUAUACUGUUUUUAUAUGAUUCUGCAA